AUGCCUCAAUUACCAACCCCGCCAACGUCGCGAGCAGGCUCGGAAUUUCCCGAGUCCAAGGCUUCGACGGAAUGCUUGGAUGACCUUCUCGAGCGAUACCUCGGUCUUCUUGACCAGCAACAGAAACUGCAAGCGGAGCUGGCAAAACAAUUGUCAUCGGGAUUUUUCGCUCUCGCGCAGGCUAAUUUCUCGUGUCCCCCUGGCCGCCGCUAUGGGUCCGAUUACUACGACGAACGGAUGAAAGCGACGAGGAAUAUAUCGAUCAAAUCCGAACGAGACCCGGACAUCUCCGAGGAGUUGCAAGAAAGCGAGAGCACGACUGAUGCCCCCGACUCUGUCACAUUCUCCACUGAGCUCUCGAGCAAUGCGUCUGAAGAUGCAGAAGAGAACGACACAGCCCCGUCUAAAGAAACACCAGAAACCUCAGAGCCCACUGCGACUGAGACGACAAGCUCGGAAUCCACCCCCGACGAGAAGCCCGAGGUUCGCAAGAAGUUCCGCUCCACCGACCCCAUCCACUGGUAUGGGAUUCUGGUUCCCCAGUCGCUACGCAAAGCACAGUCAACGUUCACCGCUGUGGUCGACAACCAGGUGCCUGACCUGGCUAGCACAGCCCUUGAAAUGCGGGCUUUGGAGCAACGGAUCAGUAAAUUGCAGGCUCAAUUGGAAUCCGAGGAUUAA